ACCGUUCAUGGUCAAAGUAUCGCAAUACGAUUGGUUUAGUUAUACAGGUUGAUAACACAAGGACCGCGGCAUUAUUGUGGACUGGCGCCGCCGCCGGCUUUCCGAUUAAAAGCAAUUCGAACCUCUCUACGAGGCGCGGGGUGUUUAGUCAAGCCAAUAGCUUUGAGCUACGGACACAUCUGACCUGCUCGAACUUCUCGAAGAGCCUCUCAACGAACCUUCGCUGUCUUCAAGGCUGCUACAACUGUGAAGUAUUUCAUUUUUAUCUGUGUACUUUCCCCAUGGUCGAAGUCCUUGGCGCUGGCGACUCCGACAAUGCUGGCAAUUUGCAGGACACCAGCAUGCAUUAUUUGCUACCCCUUACCUUAGCUUCAGCGCUUUUGCGAUCAGAGCAAGAUGUCUUAGCGACCAGCGAUAGCACUGCUGUGGGUGGGACUGAAAAGGCGAACGAUGAUGCCGACAAAACAAUACUGGUCACAGACUUGGCUCAUCUUGGUACUUCCUUGCAGCGCAGCCUACCUGCCACGCUUUCCGGGCGCCUCGAUUUCUCCGCUGAAAAGAAAGUCGACCUGACUGACGCUCUCUACCAGUCCAUGCGAUUUAGAUCUCCAGAAACUGCACAUAAACUUGACCUCAAGCGCCGACAAAAGCAUGUAGCCAAAUGGUGGCGUAUAGGCUUAGUUGAUGAGAACGAGGUUGCAGAGAUAAGGCUGAAGCAGCGGAGCGAGUCUCUCAGUAGUGUCAGCGAGGUGUCCAUUCAGCUAGAUCAGGUCAAAUAUAUAGGGCACGAAGAUAUGGACCAGCCACAGAGAGCACCAAGCCUAGCGGACGAGAAGGGAAAACAAGAGACACCCGUCUGUGCUGGGAGAAGUUGUUGGGUAAGGACGCUAGCCACAGAGGAGUUGACAGAGGAAGAGAAGGAAGCUACGGAAAAGGAGAGCGAAGAGGAAGAGCAGGCCUCAGGUGGUCACCUGGUACAACAUCAAUGGUUGAUGGAUCUGAUGUCCUGCGGCCGACCUGAAGACCCAUCGCUGGACGGCUCAUUGCCUAAGGGAGGCAUGCUCAUUCAAUCAAGACGUUUACUCUAUCGGCCACUUGAGAGAGGCCAUACGCGAGUGUUGAGAAUCCUACCUGGCGAACUCCACGAGUCCAUCCGCGCUGAUCUAUUAAGGAUGCGCCUUGGACCCAACGACGGAUCCAAUGAGACUGGGACGGCUGCUCAAAACUUCUACGCCGGGGGGUACGACGCUCUCUCUUACUGCUGGGGUACCUCUCCUGCGACAGUUUUCAUAGCUCUCAGCGGUCUCGACCAUGCCAUUACUCCAAACCUCCAUUCUGCCCUUCGACGUCUUCGCUCCACGACUGCUCCCCGUUACCUUUGGGUCGAUGCUCUAUGUAUUGACCAAGAGAAAGACAUUGAGAAAGGUAUCCAGGUAACUAAUAUGCUUUCCAUUUAUCAGUCUGCGUCAUCCGUGGUGAUUUGGCUGGCCGAGCUCAACGACACGCCCCAAGUGGGACCGUCUACCAUGGCCCUUCUCCAGGCACUUGACAGGUCUUUGUAUCGUGAACUUCUCUUUGAGCGUUCUCAUGGUCCUAGAUGCCUGGCUCUCUUACACAUCGCGUUUGAUGGCCUCCUGGCCCUUCUCGCCCGGCGCUGGUUUCGUCGUACUUGGGUUAGGCAAGAGCUUGCCGCAGCAAAGAGCGUCUCUGUUAAGCUAGGCGAACAUUCGCUAUCCUGGCGAUCCAUAAAGCGCGCUACAAAUCGUCUGUAUCGUCUGGUUCGGCUGCUGGAGACAGCUGGCAAGACUGUUGCAACCAACUACCCCGAACAUAAUCUCCAGUACUUGAAGAAGAGCUGGCGAUACGGAGAUGCCAUCAUGAGUGCGGUAUGCGAGCCCGGUAGUAUAUACUACUUCCACGGCGGCGGCUUGCUAGACCUUCUGAUGACAGGAACCAUCUUCGAAGCCACGAAUCCGCGCGAUCGUAUCCAUGGCAUCUUGGGGCUGGCCAAAGAACCGAUCGAGGGUGGACCUACCAUGGCGGACGUCAGCGAAGAAACGAAAACAGACAGAGACUCAGCUCCAUGUCCACUGUUCCAGAUCGACUAUAGCAAGACCGUCAGCGCCGUCUUCCAGCAUCUGGCCAAGUACAUCAUCAACCGCGACCAGAAUCUCGACGUGCUGGUACUCCUUCCGACAUACCGCCACCCCGAGAUCUCUGCCGACCUGCCGACCUGGACGCCAGACUGGCGCGUCUCGCCAUCUGAGGAGGCCUUAAAAGCCUGUCGGGAAGCACUGCUGACCCAAGUCUUUGCAUCGGGUUGCACACGUGCGGUGGCACAAGACCUGACAAGCGAAGGUCCGCUCAAGGUGCACGCAAUGCUAAUCGAUGUGCUAGACAAAGGCAUGGGUAUCGCCACUUUUGGGUACCAGCAUGUCCAUUCGGAUGAAAAGAUGCAGCUGCAGGCGGUGCGAGAGGAGGGAGUCGAGAUGGAGCGCGAGGUCUGGGAAGGUGAGGCAGGGAACAUGUUGCUAGUGCCCGGGACAGCGAAGAAGGGUGAUAUGGUGGUGUUGCUGUUUGGAGCUAGAACUCUGUUUGUUCUCCGGGGCAGCGAGAAGGUGGCGCAUGUGGAGUUAGCAGAUGGUCAUAUGGUUACAGCACCGUGCCAUGAGCUUGUGGGGCCGGAGUGGGGACGAGAAUUAAUGAGGGGAGAAGCGUUCUCGAAGCUCUCUGAGAAAGAGGGGGACGAGCGACUUGAAGAAGUCUUUCUGGUAUGAAAUUCUGGUACGAGUCAGCCCAGCCGCCACUGUCAAUGUGAUCAAGAGUGUUUAGCUUAGAUAUUUUGAGAAUUACGAGUUGGAUUUGAUGCUGGCUUGAAGCUCGGAAAUCUCGCGCGCGACCAUAUACUCCUCCUCCUGAUUUGUACUCUAGCUGAGGGCAUAUCGAAACACUAGCUCGCGGAAGUCUUGUCGAACAGUAACUUACAAGGGAUCUAGUCCCUUGCAAAAUCAAGAACUAAUCCACCAGAAUCACUACUUGUCUUUAGUCUCGAGCUCUUUCUUAACGUGCUGAUAUGACCCUUUUAUAUAUAGUAGCGAAAUGAGAGAUUGGUGGUGGAACUGUAAUAAACGAACUCUUUUUCGUCAUAAAAAGAGACUCUUUACAAAUCAGACGCGAGAGCGACUGUAGAAAUAUGUUUUUGGAAUAGAAAAGCUUUAGAAUCUCUGGGAG